CUGGCCGCCUGCCUCGAACCGGAUGUCAUACAGACAUUGGACACAGCGCAGAGUGGCGGCAGCCACGUCUUCAAAGUGCUGCACUUCACAUGGUAUAAUCGCCAUUGUACGACGGGAGAGGGCUCACCAGAUGACGUACCACCUAGCAACCUCAAGAGAACCGGCGGUCUCAAGACUAACUACCACCAGUUCAUACCGUACCCAUCCAAGGAUAUGACAAACUCGACCAACCAAUCGAUCUACCAGUCCAUGAAACAAAUUCUGGCCCCUCUGUUCGACUGGUUGGAUUUAAAGGUGAGUUGCUUAACCAUUAAGGAGUUAGUAAUGCUGAGAUCCUACGUCAGGGUGUUGCCUGGAAACAACCGACCGCUCGCCUCUCCUUUCCUAGGAUUGGUCGUCAAUAUGAAUGUCACCACGGCAGCACACAGAGACGGCAAGGACGACGGUAUUUGCCUUGUCCUUGCCAUCGGUGACUUUGAAGGCGGUGAACUCGUUCUCUACGAGCCCGGACUCAUUGUACCUCUAUGGAACGGCGACUUCAUUUUAUUCCCUUCCUGUGAUCUGACGCACUUCAACCUACACUAC